AUGGCUUGCCUUUGGCUCCUCUCCUGCUUCGCCCUCCUGGGGGCUGCCUCCGGCUGUGGGAACCCCUCCAUCACCCCUGUGCUGAAAGGCCUGACCAGGAUUGUUAAUGGAGAGGACGCUGUCCCUGGAUCCUGGCCCUGGCAGGUGUCCCUGCAAGACAGCACCGGCUUCCACUUCUGCGGGGGCUCCCUCAUCAAUGAGAACUGGGUGGUCACUGCCGCCCACUGCGGGGUCAGUACCUCCCACCUGGUCGUGGCCGGGGAGUUUGACCAGGGCUCCAGUCAGGAGGCCGUGCAGGUGCUGAAGAUUGCCAAGGUGUUCAAGAACCCUAGCUUCAACUUGUUAACCAUUCGCAACGACAUCACCCUGAUCAAGCUGGCCAAGCCCGCCACCUUCUCCAAGACCGUGUCUGCCGUGUGCCUGCCUCAGGCAACCGAUGACUUCCCCGCUGGCACGCAGUGUGUCACCACGGGAUGGGGCAAGAUCAAAUCCAGUGCCACCACGACCCCUGACAAGCUGCAGCAGGCUGUCCUGCCGCUCGUGUCCAAGGCUGACUGCCAGAAGUACUGGGGCACUCGGAUCACCGACGUCAUGAUCUGUGCCGGCGCCAAUGGUGUCUCCUCCUGCAAUGGCGACUCUGGCGGCCCCCUGGUCUGCAAGAAGAAUGGCGCCUGGACCCUGGUGGGCAUCGUGUCCUGGGGCAGCAGCACCUGCUCUACCUCCACCCCUGCCGUGUAUGCCCGUGUCACCGCCCUCAUCUCCUGGGUGCAGCAGAUCCUGGCAGCCAACUAA